GAUAACAACUCAAGCAUAAGAUCCUCUCAAAUCAAGAAUGGCUCUUAUACGACUGUUCUAAAGUGCUUGACCUUUCGCUCCCAAUCGUCAGGCAUGAAUCCCAUUAAAAAUAUGUGCGAUGAAUUAGACUGGCUUGUGCGAAAACAUUCAACCUCUUCCGUUGAAGAUGUGAAAAACAGACUAUAGGAACAACGGAGUAGAAUCUGUCAAAACGUUAAAAUGACAUUAUUAAGCAAAAAGGAUACCCCAUCAAAUAUUAAUUUUUAUUAAUAUGGUAUAUUUUUCCUUCGUAUCCUUUCUUAUAUGAAAAAAACUCAAUAUUAAUGCCGUUACAAUGACAACUGAGAAUGAGUUUCUACGGGCUUAUAACCAUAUAAAACGAGCACAGGACGAAGUUUUUAAAGAGAUGGAAAAAGGGAUUCAACUCGAAAAGAGGAAUCAACUUACGGAUGCUAAAAAUUCUUUUGAACUGUCUUUGCAACUAAUUGACAAUAUACUUAAAAUACCAGUUGGCUUGCCUGAUAACAUUGAUAAUGUAGGAGCUGAAUGGAACGAUGCAUGCGAUCUAAUUCAAAAGUUAAUAGUGACCAAAUCUGAUAUAUCUGAUAGGCUAAACGUUCUUAGAAAUCAUCAAUCUUUUCGAGAUACCGAAGCUGUCCAAGCCCAGAAAAAUCAAGACAAUGAGAUGCAGGGGUCACAUAAAAAGAAAGGACUUCUGGCAGGAGAUCCUGUUACUCAAUCUAAUCAAUCUAAUGAAGAGACCAAUGAGACAUCACGGGAAACUUUUAAACAGAUUCUUAAAGAUUUGCGCAAUAUUUUAGCUGAUGAAAGCACCGGUGUCUUGUUUGAUACUUUUUUCCAAAGCCAAGUAAAAUUGUAUCACAUAGCAACUUCUGGUGCAGUGCAAACACUAGCGGGCAAAACGUCUAUGUCUUUGGUUAUGUGCACGGUUGGUGGACAAUAUAGUCAUCUCAACGGCCUCCAUUUCAUACAAUGUUCAUUUGCCCCGCAAACGUCGGCUCGAAGGAAUGGAACUGCAGCAGGAGAAUUUGCAGCACCUUCGACUUCGCAGGAAUAUUCCAUGGUUUGGACGUAUCCUCUAUUGCCCAACCUAACAAAAUGUCAUCGCACAGAAUUUGGAGCUUUUAUUUUUCCUGAUAUGGAAAGUGAUACCGUAGGGUCGGCGUUUGGCCUUAUUUUAUGUGCUCCUGAUGGUUUCAAUGAGGAUGAGUUUCAUGAUCAUCAACAAUUUUUUUUAGAGCUUUUGGAAGCGACACUCAAUGGAACAGUCGAAGAAUAUACAGAACCCGUGUUCACUUGUCAAGGAGAUUUUGACGCUAGUGAAGUAGUAUCACGACGUGUUUUAACAGCUGCAAACUUUGUGGCUCGCAACUUGGUAAAAGGGGCAGAGAAGACAGGUGAAUUGAUGACUAGAACCACGCCAUAUAUUAUAUCAAAAAUGAGUGCAGCUCCUGAAAAUGCGCCACAUGUAUCAUCUGGCGUUCAGACAACUGUUCAAGUUGCCAAAGGUGUAACCAAUGCCGCGGUAGGUGUUACUUCCUGGGUGGCUGGCAAGGUGGGUUCCGCUUCUAUGGCGCUAGGACGUUUCCUUGCGCCUCAUAUUCAAUAUCAUGGGACGAAUUUGUUACAAAGGACGUGCAAUCUUGACAAUGAACAAGCACAGACGAAAAUGGAAGGCGUCCUGACGGUUGCCGCUGGUGCUGUGGAGGGCUUUAGCACCAUCGUGGAUGGUUUGGAGAAGUCGGCCGCCAUUUUAGGCAACAAUAUUAGCGAAAAUUCUGUCAAAAUUAUCGAACAUAAAUACGGGUCUUCUGCCGGCAAUUUGGCGGCUGGCACUUUUGAUACACUGGGUAACGCUUUCGUCGUUAGCCGUAAUGCUAAUUACAUGUUGCCUAAGGGCAUUGCCAAGAAAAUGGUCAAAAAUACUGGGAGAGCUGUAGUUGGCGAAUACAAGCCUAACAUUCAACAAGAAUCUCGAUAUAUAGCGGCGGGUAAUUUGUACCCUGACUUGAAGUUACUGAAAGAAAAUGUAGAGAAGAAUAAAUAAAAUUGGCAUUUUAUUUAUAAAGCCGAU